UUGAAGUGUCGCCAAUGCAUUUAAUUGAUUGUUUUAGCUGUGGAUAGUCUAAAUGGACGUUAAACUCUUAAGCAGUACUUAGUAUUAAAAAAACAUAUAAUAAUGACGAGGAAAAUACUUAUUUAUUUUGCUUUUGCGAGUUGUAGCGCUGUAGUUGCCGACACAAUGAGAUCCAUGGACCAAUCAUAUUUAUUUGCUCCUAAAGAGUGGAGACUUCGCGAAGGCCAUAAGUACUGGCGUGCGUCAAAAAAUCAAAAGCGGCCAGAAACUCACCUAAAGGCUCGCCUCCUACAUCCCAAGCUAAUGAAAAUGAUGACUGCUGUGAAUCAACCCGAAGAUGGAGUAAGAUAUGACAAUGCAAAACAUAGAGUAAACAGGGGUCAAAAUAAAAUACGGAAGAACAAACUACGUGAGGGAUACACAAGUUUUCGUCCCGCGGGAGUCCGUAACUUACCUUGGACCCGUACCAAAUAUAUUGCACGCAAUAAACCGGAGUCCUCUCAGUCUCUUAUGAAGGGUUCUCAAGAUCGGGACGGACAGAUCUACGGAAAUCUGGACAAUCUUGGGAUAACAUAUGGUAAAACGAACGAAAGAUUAAUGUAUGGCGUCAAUAGAAAAAACAACCGGAUAUUUGAAUUUAUAAACACAAAACGACGCAAAUUAUCUUCGGGGGCUCGAACAAACAAUAAAGAGGAAACAAAUCCAGAACUCGAAAAUGCACGUAAUGUAGAUAAUCCUCUUCCUGAAAAUCGACCUCCUUCAGAUGACAUGGAAAACCUUAAUUCUGGAAAUCUCGUAGACAAUAACCAAGAUCUAGUUGAAGAUGAGAUCGGCCGAGACGUGGAGCCGUUAGAAGAUACGCCCAAGUCUGCGGCAUCGUACCCUCACACAAAAGAAUCACUAGUUUACGGAAAUUUAGAUAAUCUUGGCAUAACAUAUGGAAAAACAAAUCAACGAAUAUUGUACAGUCAGAGUAGAAGAAAUACAGUACUGGAAACCUUACUGAGGCUGUUAGAUCAACCAUCGAAUUCCAGAGACUCGAGUCAUAAGAAACCCCUUGUUGUGGUGAUUUAUAGAGAUCCCAAAAGAAAAUUAAAGCCUAAGCUCAAGUUACCCCAGCGGUUUUAUGCGAAUAAAAUAACUCAGAGUGACAACUUGUCAUCAGAGUUCGGGAACAAGCCCGUACUAUGGCAUACUAGAAGAAAUAAUACUCAUGCAAGUGAUUCUGAGGACAUCGGUUCAGACGACUCUUCUGAAGGCGAAUUUAACGCCCACAAUCCUUUUACUGUGCACAAAAAUCGAUACUUACAGAACUAUGUUUGGAAUUAUAAGAUGACAGGCGAUCACAUGAAUGUGAACCCUUACGCACCUCGGUUCACUGCUUAUGGAGCAACUGCACCUGAAUUAUUUUAUUCUAGAAAAUGGUGGUAUUUUAACCAGGUACGUUUUGUAAGCUUUGACGAGCGGUCUGGCCUAGCGCGCAGUGACCCUGCCUGCUAAGCCGCGGUCCUGGGU